AUGAUUCCAUUUUUUUUAUUGAGUGAUGAAACAUUUGAAUUAUGUCGAACAGUACCUUGUAAUUCAACAAAUCGUUUUCGAUGUACAAAUGGUCGAUAUAUCUAUCGAUGCGAUGUAUGUGAUCACACAGAUAAUUGUGAUGAUGGUAGUGAUGAAGAUAUUUAUGAUGUAUACACAAUCAAAUCGACUAAUCAAACAAUUGAUCUUAUGAUAUGUGAACCUGAUGAAAUUGGUCGUCUUUGUCGAAAUCCAAUAGAAAAUGCAUCACAUUAUGAUAUAUUUGUUGAAGAUCAACAUGAUACUAGUUUUAUUUCUAUUGAUAUAAAUAAUCGUAUAUUCUAUUGGAUAGGUGAAGCUACAUCAAAAAUUUAUCGUGCACAUCUUACACCAAAUACAAUAUCAACAGUACAUCCACAAGCACUUUUAAACGAAGAUAAUAAUCAUUUAAUAAUUCCAAGUAGUAUUGCUAUUGAUUGGAUUAGUCAAAAUCUUUAUGUUUCUGAUCUUAUUCAUAAUUGUAUAUAG